ACCUUAAACCCUCGCUCCCCAAUACACCUCCCGCCGCUUCCCUCGCGCUACGCCGCCGCCGCCGCCGAGGCUUGCUGUUUCGAUCGCCGGAGUACUCAGCCGAGCGGCGCUAGCCACCCGCGGCGGAGUCUCUCGCAGCACUACCGCCGCGUUCUCCCUCCCACCCGCCCGCUCAUGGCUCCGCGUCCACGGAAGCGGGCCUCGCGGCCCAAGCCGCGCUCCUCCCGCGGCGGCGGCGGGGAUGAGGACCCCUUCUUCGAGUCCGAGCCCAAGCGGCGCCGCGGGGGCGGCCGCGACGAGGACAUCGAGAGCGAGGAUAGCGACUUAGAGGGCGUGGGGGCGGCGGCGGCUGGUGGCGUUGAUGAGGAUGGGGAGGAGGAGGAGACGGCGGGGGAGAAGAAGAUGCGGAUCGCGAAGGAGCUUCUCAAGAGAGUUACGGAUGCGGCGAAGAGGAGGGAGGAGGACGAGGAGGAAGACGAAGACGAGGAGGCCGGAGGGAGGCGGGUUGCGGAGAUCCUGCUCAAAAAGCAGCUCGAGGAGAGUGGCAGGAAGCGGAUGGAGCUCGCUGCCAGGGUAUUACAACCAGACCCUGAGGAUGGCUUUAAGAUUAUUGUGAAGCACCGACAGCCUGUUACUGCUGUUGCUUUAUCCAAGGAUAGUGAUAAGGGAUUUUCAGCAUCAAAGGAUGGUGUCAUCGUUCAUUGGGAUGUUGAAACUGGAAAAAGUGAGAAGUAUUUAUGGCCAAGUGAAAAUGUCCUGGUCUCUCAUCAUGCUAAACCACCUCUAUCGACUAAAAGAAGUAAACAAGUAUUAACUCUAGCUGUUAGUUCGGACGGUCGUUACCUGGCAAGUGGAGGUUUGGACCGUCACAUCCAUUUAUGGGAUGUUCGGUCACGGGAGCACAUACAGGCAUUUAGUGGCCACCGAGGACCAGUAUCGUGUCUUGCUUUCGGACCAGACUCACCUGAGCUAUUCUCUGGUUCAUUUGACCGUAAAAUAAUGCAGUGGAAUGCAGAAGACAGAACAUACAUGAACUGCCUGUUUGGCCAUCAGAGCGAAGUCUUGACAAUGGAUGCAUUUAGUAAAGAUAGGGUUCUGACUGUAGCACGGGACCGGACAAUGCAUCUUUGGAAGAUACCAGAAGAGUCACAACUACUGUUCCGUGCUCCUGCUACUGCAUCAUUGGAGUGCUGCUGCUUUAUUGAUGACAAGGAAUUUUUUACUGGAUCUGAUGAUGGAAGCAUUGAGCUAUGGAGCAUUAUGAGAAAGAAGCCUACUUACAUAAUAAGAAAUGCUCAUCCAGUAUUACGUAACAACCUUAAUUCACUUGACAAUAAUGAUGAGGAAAAUGGCACAAAUAAACCUGAAAGUGUCUCAUCAGCCCAAUCAUGGGUUAGUGCUGUUGCUGCAAGAAAAGGUUCUGAUCUGGUUGCAUCAGGAGCAGCAAAUGGUUCAGUUCGUCUUUGGGCUAUUGAACCUGAUUCUAAGGGCAUUCGACCAUUAUUUAAUUUGAGACUGGAUGGAUUUGUUAACUCCCUUGCCAUCGCGAAAUCUGGACGUUUUAUUGUUGCUGGUGUUGGUCAGGAGCCUCGCCUUGGAAGAUGGGGCCGUGUCCGAUCGGCUCAAAAUGGAGUUGUAAUCCAUCCCAUCCGACUAAAAGAAGAGAGCGAGGGCUUGUAGGGUUAGAUUGUUGAUGCUGAAAAAUCUCUUAAAUGUUGUAAGUCACACAAGGACAAAUCCCUUCCACCCUGGCCACAGAUAAAAUUUGAUGCAAGAAACUGAAUGGAUUACUUCCCCAAGCAACGGGAAUUUUGGAGGGUGUUAGAGAUGAUUUGAGUUCUCAAAGAGUCAGAUGUAUGCUGAUAGGGGAAGACCUGCUGGAUCUGUUCACAGGUUAGAUAUUCUGAGGCAAUUUUGCAGCACCGCUUCCUUAAGUUUUAUUUGAAAGAGAGAUUAAUGUACCAAACUAGUAGGGUAGGGGUUUUGGAAAUUGUACCUUCAACUCACAGCAUCCAUACAGCUAAUGUUCUCAAUUAUUGGAUUGAUUUAUCGGAUGGAGAAUUGAAAGGGAGCUCAUAUUGUACACGAGAGGAUUGCGGGUAUUUGAUUAUGUACAAUUACUUUGCUGAUUUUGAUCUCAAGGAUCCAACUCUGUCCAAACAAAUUUUCGUUAGUUUCACUAUUGUUAAUGUACUCAAAGCUGUUCAUAGUAAAGACAGCCUGCG